AUGUCAUUCAAAGGGAUUAUCGGGGGUACUUAUAAACUUUUGGAUAAUUAUGAGAUUCCGUUUAUUGGGCUUGGCACUUAUGCAUUAUGGAAUCAAGAAGAGGUAGAUCGAGCUGUUGAUGCAGCUCUAGCAGCUGGAUAUCGUUUGUUUGAUACUGCUAAUUUUUACAAUAAUGAAAAAGAAUUGGGAAUUGCUUUUAAGAAAUUUCUACCCAAAUAUAAUCUCAAUCGUGAAAAUAUUUUUAUUACCACAAAAGCAAAUAUUCGGUCCCCAAAUGUUGAGGAAAAUGCUCGAAAAAUGGUCCAGAAUUCUUUGGAUUGUUUAAAAUGUGGUUACAUCGAUCUUCAAUUAAUUCAUUAUCCGAAAGAUUGGGGAACUUCUGACAAAAAUGCAGAAAAUUCAGAUCAUCGGAUGAGAAUUUAUCGAGUUUUUGAAGAAUUUAAAGAUUCUGGUUAUAUCCGCUCUAUUGGUGUUUCAAACUUUGAAGGCCGUCAUAUCGAUGAACUUUGGGAUAAUGUUAAAUACCGUCCUGUUGUAAAUCAAUGUGAAUUUCAUCCACAUUUAACUAGGCCUGAACUUGUUGAAUAUUGUAAAAAGAAAGGAAUUUUCUUUCAAGCACACACUCCGCUUGCUUCUCGGUCAAAAUCACUCUUUACAGAUCCUGUUAUUGUUUCUAUUGCAAACAGACUUGAAGCUGAUAUUUCGCAAAUUAUCCUCUCUUUUGCUUAUCAACAGAAAAUUGGAAUUAUUCCAAAAUCUGGGAAUGCUUCAAGAAUUAAAUCAAAUAUUUCAUUUUUGGAUAUUGCUUCAAAAUUGACUAAAGAAGAUAUUAUUUUGUUGAAAAAAUUAAAUAAAAAUCAUCGUUAUUCUGAUUGUGAUGGAUGGAAUGUUAGAUGA